AACAAUUGCACAAGGUUCAGUCAUUCAGUGUUUCACAGCCUGUCCACAGUAAAUCAAGACCUCCCAUAUUUAAGCUGUUAUGCAAACCAUUAUACUACUGGUGUUAUGGGUACUGGGAACAUCACUGGUGUUGCCAGACCCCGACACAGCUGGAGACAAAGUGGCUGAAGAGCCUAUUCCAUGUUCUAAAGGAUGCACCUGUCUGCAUGAUGAGUACACCUUGGAGCUCAACAUGUACUGCACUGCUCGUAACCUCACACAAGUCCCAUCUGACAUGCCCACCUCUACUCAUUCUCUCUGGCUGGAUGGCAACCUGUUCACCUCCCUCCCAGCUGCGUCUUUCAAGGAUCUUUCUCACCUCGACUUUUUGACUCUGCAGAGUGGCCAGCUGGUGACACUUGACCCUCAGGUUUUCAAAGGACUUAGGUCGCUGUCAAAUGUUCACCUUGACCGAAAUCGCCUUCGGGUGUUACCAGCUACGAUCUUUCAGAAUACGCCUAACCUUGCUUCGCUCAGUCUGCACAACAACCAGCUCACUCGGAUUGAGGAUCGACUGUUUGCAGGACUCUCAAACUUGUGGCUCCUCAACCUUGGCUGGAACUCAUUAGCAGUUUUACCUGAGACAGCUUUCCAUGACCUGCAUGGUCUACGGGAGCUCUAUCUUGCAGGAAACAGACUCGCCUACUUGCAGCCACAGCUUUUCCAAAAUCUUGUUGAGCUGAAAGAGUUGGACCUGACUGGAAAUCAUCUCAGGGUAAUCAAAGCUAAUGUGUUUGUUAAACUCACCAAACUGCACAAGCUUUACCUGGCCCAGAAUCAGAUUGUGACAGUGGCCCCCAGAGCCUUUGUAGGCAUGAAGUCACUAAGAUGGUUGGAUCUCACGAACAACAAACUGACUUCUCUCCAUGAUGAGACUUUCUUGAGCCUCGUAAGUCUACAUGUGCUGCGUCUUUCCAACAACUCCAUUACUGGACUAAGGCCCAGGACUUUCCGGGAUCUGCAAUACUUAGAAGAGCUACGACUCAGCUACAACAAGAUCAGAGCCCUGGGAGAAAGGAUCUUUGAAGGGCUUGGUCAUCUGGAGGUCCUAGAGCUAGACCACAACCAAUUGCAGGAGGGACAAGUGGGUUGUUUCGCUGGACUCUCUCAUGUGGCUGUCAUCAACCUGUCUGGAAGCUGCUUCUACAGUCUGCCAGACCAAAUGUUCAAAGGUCUGUCAAAGCUUCACAGCCUUCAUCUGGAGAGAGGCUGCCUGACAAGAAUCACAGCUCAAGCUUUUACUGGACUCUCUGGUCUACGGAGGCUUUUCUUGCAGCACAACAACAUCUCUGUGGUGGAACACCACAGCUUUGUGGACCUGGUGGGCCUAUUGGGACUGGACCUGAGAUACAACAAGCUGGAAGUACUCACACCCCAUAUGUUCUCCGACCUAAAGGCUUUGGAGUACUUGCUGUUGUCCAACAAUGAAUGUCAGCAGUUUUUGCAGAAUGGAACAAAGCAGCUACUCCCAAGACUUCGCUUUCUGGACCUGAGAGAUAAUACCUUGACAAGCUUGGUCCCUGAUUUUCCAGACAGUAUGGAAAAACUUUUGCUAUCUGGGAACAAGUGGAAAUGUGACUGUGGCGCCCUCCCGCUCAGAAACUACAGCUUGAGGAAUCCGUUGGUGAUACCUCGGCAAGUGGAGACCCACGCAGAGGGUGAAGAGCCUGACUCAACUAUCACCAUAUACAACAACAUUACAUGCACCAGCCCACCACGUGUAGCUGGUCAGGACCUGCGGGAUAUUGACAGUGAACUCUUCCAAAGCUGCUAGACAAACAUGCACAGAUGUUCAGGGAGUUGGUUGGUGUUAUCUGUUGUAUUUUCAACAAUAUAUAUUCAUUCAGUUUCAGAUUUCAAGAUUUUAAUUGUAACACUAAUGCAUGAUUCAAGUUAUUUUUUUUAGAGAUAAGUGGUUGGUCUGUAGCCUUUAGAUAAAAUGGUUCAAAAAAUAUUUUAGUUGUAAAAUGCUGACUUUUUUUUAAUGAAAAGAUGAACCAACACUGUAUUUGCUUUAACUUAAUUGAGUUGUUAAUAGUAAGUGACAUAUUGUCACCUCCCUGCAUCCAAUUUGGUCUAAUUUUCCUCAGUUCACUACAAAUGCUUUUUGAUUUCCGUUUAUAUUGACAUUGGAGUGUAAGAUGGACUGUAUAGACCUGAGCUCUACCACUUUGGGAUCAAGUUACAAGGUGGAGUUGCUCUAUAUGGAAAUAUGUUUGCAGGAGAUAAAAAGAAAUGUAUAGCAUUAAAUGUGACGCAUAUUGAUAUGUUUUUAAAAUAUUUUAAUAUAUUUUGAAGUUUAAAAUAUACUUUCAUGGCAGUGGAAGUAUUUGGGGGCUUCCAUUUGGAUGGUAAAAAAUGAGGAUAACUUGCCAGAAACUCUUAAAAACCAAGGCACAGGCCUGUAAUCUGCUAUGAAGAAAUAGGUGAACUCCUGGGAGCCCCAUAACCCUUAUGCAAAACAAACUGAAGUGGCCUUUUACUUAAUUUUAUGUUUAAGCCAUUAAACUUCAGUGUAAAUCCCAGUUAAGUUGAUCAUUUAUGUGAGUGGGAUGUUUGAACAAACGUUUGGCAAAAAUUAAAGCCAGGAGAUAAUAUCUGUACAGCUCAGACACCAAAAAUGUCUUCAAGAUGUGUGUAUAAGAUGUAGUGAGAUGUAGUAAGGUUUAAUGUCUGUCACUUUAAAAAUACACUGUUGGAAAAUUUGCCUCAAGAGUGCAAUAAAUGUCUUAAAACUUG